AUGGAAGAUAUUAAGAAAUGGGUUAUUCAGAAUGGAGGUAUUAUUGAUGGUGUUGAUGUUAAAACAUUUGAAGGAUAUGGAAGAGGAUUAUGUGCUAAUAAAGAGUUUAAACAAGAUGAGAUCAUUAUGAGUAUUCCUUAUUCUAUUCAAAUUAAUAGAAUUAAUUUAAAUCAUAUUUGGCCUGAAGUAAAAUUACCUAAAUUUAAUGAAGGAGAUGACGAUAGAGAUGAUUUAAAUGGACUUGUAUAUUUAUAUCUUGCUAUUAACAAAACAAAUCCAAAAUGUUUUCACUGGCCAUAUAUUAAUGUUUUACCAAAAACUUAUGACUGCCCUUUAAGUUAUACUAUUGAUGAAUUAAAUAUUAUGAAAGGUACAAAACUAUAUGUAGCAGUAGAAAAAAUUAAUGCUUUUCUUAUGAAAGUUGUAGAUUAUUAUAAUAACAAACUUAUUCAACAAUUUCCUCAAUAUUUCCAGCCAUUUGAUGAUCUUUUCAAAAGGUUACAAUGGGCACAUCAAAGUUUUUGGUCAAGAGCAUUUUUAGUGAUUUAUCCACAACCAUUUGGAGAAGUUGGAUCAUUGAUUCCAUUUUGUGAUUUUAGUAAUCAUUGUACACAGGCUAAAGUAACUUAUAUUUCUAAUACACGUACAGAAACAUUUUCAUUUCAAACUAAUGAAGAAGUAGUAAAGCCAGGUGAACAAAUAUUUAAUAAUUAUAGAAUUAGGUCAAAUGAAAAAUUAUUAUUAGGAUAUGGGUUUGUAGAAGAGAAUAAUCCUUGUGAUAAUUUGUUACUUAGAAUUUAUUUUGAAGUUGACGAUAAUCAGUAUAAUGAAAUUGAAGAGAUUCUUAAACAAGAAGAGAUUAAAUCAUUUGACUUCUUUUUAAAACUUGAUGAAGAUAUUCCAUUAGAAUUGAUGAGAAUUCUUAGAAUAGUUAACUUGUCUAUUAUUGAAUCCAAUCAAUAUUUUCAAGGAAAUAUUAAUUUAAAUUAUGUUUCAGAUAGAAAUGAACUUGCUGCAUUAAGACAAUUAAACAGACAAUUGUAUCAUUUAUUACAUUUAAUGGAAUUUAAAAAGGAAGAUUUUGAUUGUAUUCAUUCACAUUCAAUUAACUAUCAUCAAAAAUGUGCUUUAAUAUACAAAAAAGGUAUAGUCGAUAUAAUAGAACAUUCAAUGAAAUUAUGUCAAACCUCUAUUAAAAGGAUCAGAGAUCAAAUAGUUUCAAAACAUUUAAAUUAUGAAACAGUAUCAUGUUAUGAUUUCUUAUUUGAGAAUUUCUGUGAUAAUUUAAAUGCAUGGGCAUCUCAAAUUCAUUUAUUCCAUCCAAAUAUUCAAUAUAUUAAUGAGAACCAUCAUAUAAUAUUAAAGAAUACAUCUAAUGAAAUACUUCAUUCUGGAGAAAUUCUUAUUUCUAUUCCUGAACAUUAUAUUCUUACUUCUGAAAUAAUAAAAAAAGAGAAUCCUAAAAUAAAUCAGCCUAGUUUUAUAUUACAAUGUAUUGAAUAUUUAUUAAGUGAAGUUGCACAAAAAAAAUUUCCAUUUAUUCCAUUAAUUCUUAAAUAUAUUGAAGCAAUGACCUUCUAUAGCAAUGACUUUAAUGAAUUUGAAGACUCAUAUUUCUUUGAUGAAAUUAACUGUGUUGAAGAUGAUGGAAUUCAGAAUUACCAAGCAUUUAUGAUGAAUUCAAAUAUUAAUAUUUCUUUACCAUCUUUUGUUGGAUUAUUUAAUUUUGUUGAUAGUCAUAUCAUCACUACUUCAUUUGGUAAAUUCUAUAAUCCAUUACCAAUAUUACCUAAACAUAAUCCAUACACUUGUUUAGAAAAAGAAAUGAAAGAUUCUCAAAUUAAGUUAUACAAUUUUAAUGAGAUAUACCCUGGAGAAGAGAUUUGUGAUAAUUAUCAAGAUGAUAGUAGUAUUAAUCAAAUGAUUCAUUUUCUUUCAUUAUCAAAAGAAUAUCUAUCAUUAGAUUAUUUUGAUGCAAAAGUUUUUAUUUCAAAUGAGUCUGCACAACCAUUAUAUGAAGAGCUUUGUGUUUUAAAUCAUCUUCCUACAGAGAUAUUUCUUACUCAAGAUCAAGUUCGGUUUGAUGUUUUUGAGAAAUAUAUUGCUAUUUAUUCAAUGUCUGUAAAUAAAGUGAAAUUGGAGUUAAAAAAUAAAAAUACAUCUAUUGAAGGAAACAAAAUUAAAACAGUUCAAUACUUACACUCUGAAUUGGAGGUACUUCAAGAUCUUCUUCCUCUUGUUAAUGAAAAAAUCAAUAUAGCUCAAGGACAGAAUCAAAUUAACAGAAUAAAACAAUUCAAAUUAAUUGAUAUGCAUUUGAAUGAACAAAUUAAUAUUAUUCAGAACGCCUUGAAGCAUUUAGAAGUAAAAAAUUAA